AUGUCCCAGUUUCUUGAUAUACAUCAGAAUUUAGCUGUGCCUCCUUCGCUGAAACGUUAUUGGAUUCAUCGGAAUCUGAAGAGUUGUCAGGAAUAUCAGAUUCCGAUCCCCGGACGAGCGGAGUUCGCGAGCACAGCAAACUUGUGGGGAGACUCCGGGCCUUAUAAAAGGACGAGCGGAAUUCGCGAGCACAAGUCUGACUCUCUCAAAGAAACAGAAAAAUACUUAUCUGCAAAAAACGUGAAACAUAAAGGCAUAGAAUUUAAUUGGCCAUUUAUAUUAAGAAGAGACAUAUUGGAAUUAAUCACCUGA